AUGUUGGCAAAUAGUUUCAAUGAGAGAGUGAACGUGAACCCGGAGUCAGUCACCAUGGCAACGCCCUGUGACCCUCACCUGAUGCCCUUCCUGUUUGUCCCUCAGAUGCACAACGAUGCAAGUGCGUUGCUCGUGAGCGGUUGUGUGUUCUUUCCCGGAGUUUUGUUUCUCUCCAAACGACUCAUAAAGUACUUCCUGGUCUGCAGCGAAUCAGACGCCAUCAUCGCCGCUACACGGUUUGUGUCUUCUCUUCAGUCUGCCCUUGCGACCUCUGCUGGACUCCUGAUUGUGUCCUCCUGCUCGGAUCUCGUCUAUGACAGACACUGGUUGGCAGAGUCGUACGUUCUCUUCGCGGUACCGUACUUCCUGUAUGACAUCAUCGCCAUGUUCCUCUGUUACUGCCACAAACUCAGGGUCAAAGGUCAGGGAGCAGAGUCAGUAACUCAACGGAGCGCUCUGAUUGGCUUCCUGCGAAAAGAGAUGUUACUCGUCUUCCAUCACCUGUUCAUGGUUACCUUCUGCUUCCCCGCUUCAGUGUUCUGGCGUGGAGGAAAAGGAGAUUAUUUCCAGGGUCUUCUGUUGCUGCCAGAGUUCAGUACUCCAUUCCUCUGUCUGAGCAAAGUCCUCAUUCAGUUUAAUCGUCAGAAUUCUCUCUUGUAUAAAAUAAACGGGCUCCUGACUCUCGGGAGCUUCUUCUGCUGCAGAGUCCUGCUCUUCCCCUAUUUAUACUACAGCUACAGCCGUUUCGCUGGCGUACCCCUCCUCUCAGUGCUCUCUAGCGCCCCCUGGCAGUGUAACCUAGGCGCGGGACUGCUCUGGCCUCUGCAGCUGCACUGGUUUAGACUCCUGUGUCGGGCUGCAGUGCGAUCUCUGACCUGCGGGGAGCGCCACACACACACAGGGAGUACGGGUCAGACUGGAGCCAACGGGACCAAGAGCCACUCGGACUGAAACAUUCAACUGUCUUUGUGUUUAUGACUUUUAUAAACAUGAAUAUGCAUUAAACUAUUUAUCCAA